AUGUCAAAUCGAAGAUCGGAGAGUCUUACGGUCCCUGAAUUUUCUACCAAUCGGAAUCCUUCAUCAGAACCUAUCUCAGGAGAUGAGUUACCAUCCUACACUCGACGACCUCAACGCUUUAACAGGCCGGCUAGUUAUGCUGGUCCUUCUAGCCUUCAAUCUAGAGCUUCACAUCAAAUUCCAUUACAACCUUCUAUAUCUGAACAACCACCACCUCGAGCUCAAAUCGUUAAUUUAAAGCCUCAUAUUGUCAUCUCAUCAUCUGGAAAAAUUCAACUUACUCUCUUUUCUCCUUCACAAGCACGGUAUCCUGUUUUACUUCAAGGUUUUGAUGAAGAGUUGAGGGGUGAGCUGAAACUAAACUUGGGUGAAUUGGGCGAAUGUUUUAGUGAAAUCAGGGUCAAAUUGAAAGGUGUGGUCAGUACUACAGUGGUACGCUCACAAGGAAAUAAUACUGAUGAGAUUGUAUUUUUACAACUUGAUCAAUCUUUAUAUCAACCUCCGUUAAUCGCUACUUCGGAACAUCGCCUAAGUGGCACAAAGACCUUUCCGUUCAAGUUUUUUUUACCUGCUCAAAGUUCGAAUGAUGUUACCUUACCACCUAGCUUUGCUUUGACUAGCUCAGCUCCUGAUGCAAUGGCUCCCUUCACUCGAGCUAGAUUACCUUCCAAGACAGUUGAAUGGGCGAGUGUCAAGUACUACAUAAAAGUCACAUUGGCUCGAAGAGGCUUGCUUCGAUCUAAUGACCGCCUCUUAGCACCCUUUGUGCUUCUCUCGAGACAGACUCAGCCUCCGAUCACCUCUAUGACUAGACAAGCUGCUUUUAAUUUAGGAUUACCACUUCCUAAUCCUAUGGAAGAUCCAGAUGGAUGGAUGGGCCGUAAGAUUCGACAAUAUGUCAAAAUACCAUCUUCGUAUCACACUUCUGGCCCGAGAUCUGCUUGGUAUGAGGUGAUGGUCCUUUUACCAUCACCCUUGUGUUAUGGACGGAAUAGACCGUUGCCAUAUUUUUUGAAAUUUACUUCAUCGGAUCCUUCUGUGACGACUGAUUUUGCUCCAUCAUACUUUGAAGUAUCAUUAUUACAACGUGCUACUCUUACUGCACUAGGUGUUUCAGGGACUCAUGAGGCAAGUCAUCUCGAUGAUCUUCUCUUGUCAAAGCAUGCAGGGAGGGUUUUACUAACUUACCAAACUUCUUGUCUUGUACAGAAUACUCUUUCGAAAGGUAUUCAGCAUCCUGAUGGACCUAAUCGUGGUAUACAUGCUCCAUCUGCUAAUAGUCCGUAUUGGAGUAGACGGUAUGAAGGUGAAUUGUUGUUAGGAACCAAUGCGGUACCCGACUUUACUUGCCCAAACAUUGUUGUUCAGUAUUUCUUUAACCUUAGAGUUUCUGUACCUAAUCAAGCUACAGAUCUAAUUAUCUCUUUACCAAUUCAGCUUGUUUCGGCACCUCGUCAAUCUGGAUCAGCUAUACCACGUCUAAGAGAUCCAACACCUAAUACUCUUCAUGAUCCUCAACAAGGUUCGACUAUUACGUUUCCUAUACCAUCACAUCAUCUUUCUGGUCUAUCUACUGAAGAUCCAUCACCACCGAGUUAUUGGGCAGUACAAGAGAUGGAUGCUCAAACUUGA